CUGUUCCCUAAUUUGACAUUCGCAAAUUCAUAAAUGCGAAUACAACCAAUUAAAAGAUAUGCAAAGUGAAAUCAAGCGCGCCCAGCGAAAAAAUAUUUAUCUACAAUAUAUUGUGUGAAAGUCUAAAAAAAUGACAAAAAUAUAACAUAAAUGAUUAUGCAGCGAGCAAUUAGAAUAACGGGUAAUGCGAAGGAAGUGUAAAAUUAACAUAAAUAUCUCGUAUAAAGUGUAAAAAGUACGAAGAAAUUUAGCAAAGACGUGCCACGCAAUCGCGACGGGUGAAGUCAUUGCAAUCAUAUAUAGUGCUACUUAAUCUACAACAAGUAUUCAAUAACUGAACAGCAAUAUAAGAAAAGUUACGAAAAUUCGAUUGAUAAAACUAUCGCUACCAUCAAUAUUCAAUCUGCCAUCUGAUAAGAAAAAUUAAAAAUUAAAUUGCUAGCAAAACCGCGUUUCGACCGAACAGGUGUAUUUUGGGCCGUCAAUGGAUAAUGUUGAAUGUGAUACAUACAACUCAAAACCUGUUUGUAAACGUAGAUGUAUAAAGAGAAAAUUGCAAUAAUAAUUGCAAGUUAAAGACCUUUCUCAGUACUUUCUUAUUUGUGUCUGGUAUUGCAUCUUUCUGGUGUCGUGGCUAAGUAAAAGGGAACAGUGUUGAACUGUUUUGCAAUAAACAAAUUUAUGAUUUCUUGUUUGUUUACCCACUUAAGAGAUAACAUCUGUUAGAUUGUAAAGUUUGUGAUUUAUUAUGAAAUUUGAAAAUUGUUCAGUUUGAAGUUGUAACAUAUUAACUCACAACGUGGAUUCUAAUAGCUCUACACAAAUAAAUAAAAUUUUGUAAUUAGCAAAACAAAAAUUAAAUAUUGUACAAAUCUAAAAAGCCGAUAAGUUGUUGAAAUCAAUUUCUACAUACAUACAUAUGUAUGCAAAAAUAAUUGUGUAUCAUGCCAGCUGAUCAAAUUUGAACCGGAGUGACAGAAAAAACGGACAAAAUAGAAAAAACGAAGUGAGAAAACAAAAGAGCAUCGUCGAGGCUGACAUCAGCAGCCUCCAGCUCAUCAAUGCCACCACUUGUGCGCGCUCCAAAUAAUAGAAAUACAACAGCAAGCUAGCAAUUGUCAUAAAUUGCAAAAGCAAAUAAAAUAUAUAGCAAGGCAAUAAGCGCGACCAUGCUGAGCAUUGCUGAUGCAUAUUUAAAUUACUAACGCGGGCAAUUAAAAGCAGAACAACUGGGUUGCGCGGAAAGCGGCAGCAACCAAUCAACGGCAAAAAGUGAUGAAGCAUUGAGCGACGACACCGGCAGCAGCAGCAGUAAAACGGCAAAUGUUGGCAGUGCGAAUUAGUCAACGAACUAUGGUGAUGUUAAAAAUAUACGCGCACUCUAGAAAUACGGCAAUAAACAGAAAAAGUGAAAUAGCUAAAAGCGUAACAAACGCUCAGAAUUAACAUAACAACUUGUCUGUGGAAAUACCAAAACAACGUAAAGUCAAUUGGAUUAAAAAUUGUAACAUGCUCUCCAAAUAGCCAAACAAAUAAACGACGCGUGUGCCCGAGAACAGACCACACGACGACCAAAAUACCGCUCUCUGCCUUUUAUUAUACAAUAUUUCAAAUUAAAUCAACGCUCUCUGCCUCCAGCUCACUAUUUUUGGUAUUUUUGUAUAAUACGGCGCAUACUUUAUUGUUGCUGUUGUUUUUCUUGCGUUUUCACACACUUUUUGUGCGUUCUGUGCAUGAUCUAACACAUUGCCAUGGUGGCCGAUAGCGAAUUACAGCUACGCGAUUUCGAUGGCGAAACCGAAGACUCUGACUCCGAGACUGAAUUGCUCAUACGCCACAGUGGACGCAGUGGUGCGCGGCAACCAGCUAAACGCGGCAGCAUUGCCACCUCACGCUACUAUCUCCAUGAUUACUCAACUACACAGCCGACGGCGGCAACGUCGUCGUCAUCGUCGUUGUCGGCUACCAACAUAGCGACGGGCUUCUUUAGCAAUUUGUUUGGCAACACAACGAACAGUCUUGGCCGCGCUGCCGGGCAAGUACGUCUCAGAAAUGAACGUAGUCGCGAGCGCGAUAAAUACGCCGCCUCGAGAGCAAGAACGCAACAAUUACAAGAGCAACAACAACAAUACCAGCAACAGCAAGCUAGAACAACGGCACUUAGUUUUGGCGGUUUCAAUACGGGAUUGGGCACGUCUGCGAAACUGGCGAAAUUGGCGCAGACAACGCAAACGUCGUAUCGCGGCGGUGGUGGCGGCGGUGCGACGAGCGGUGUUGACGUGGCGGCACACGGUGUCACCGAGUCUGUAGCGCUAGGCGUACGUAGUAGUAGCCAAAGUGGUGCACAUAAACGUUAUGAUGCGACGGGCGCCACAAGUGCGACGAGUGAAAGUGCCAGCGGGGGUGGCGGUAUGGGUGGUGGCGCGGGUGUUGUGCUACAACAGACAGUAUUGGAUGCUGAGAACGGUUCGACGACCGUCUACUACCAGAAGAAUCGGCGACGCAGUAAACGCAAAUCGUUGGCGAAUCUUUGCAAAAUGUGCCUGUGCGGUUGUUGGCGCAAAUGGUUUUCACCACGCGAACUGCGCGCUCGCACCGUCCACUUAGGACGUGCGACUACCGAAAAAUUCCCACCGAACGAGAUACGUAAUCAAAAAUACAAUGUGAUCACGUUCCUGCCGCUCGUCCUAUUCGAGCAAUUCCGAUUCUUUUUAAAUCUCUAUUUCCUACUCAUGGCAUUGUCACAAUUCAUACCCGACAUACGUAUCGGUUAUCCGUACACCUAUUGGGGACCGCUGAGUUUCGUGCUGAUGGUGACAAUUGGACGUGAGGCAGUCGACGAUUUGCGGCGACAUCAACGUGAUCACGAGGUGAAUUCACAGAAAUACAAGAGGCUAACUGUAAAUGAGACACCAGGCUAUGAAAUGGUGCCCUCAUCGAAACUUAAAGUGGGCGAUAUGAUAAUUGUGGAGAAGAACGAACGCGUGCCGGCUGAUUUAGUGCUGUUGCGCACCAGCGACAAGAGUGGCUCCGUUUUUGUGCGCACCGAUCAAUUGGAUGGUGAAACCGAUUGGAAAUUGCGCUUAGCCGUGCCGCUUACUCAAAAGUUGAACAAGGACUCCGAUUUGUUUAAUAUUGAUGCCAGUGUUUACAUUGAAAAGCCACAAAAUGAUAUACACUCUUUCAUAGGCACAUUCUCGAUGCACGAUGGUGGCGAUGAAACUGGUCUAAAUGUUGAGAACACAUUAUGGGCGAACACAGUGGUUGCUGCAGGCACCGCCACAGGCAUUGUCAUCUAUACAGGCUGUGAAACGCGUAGCGUAAUGAAUAAUUCGCAGCCACGUUCGAAAGUUGGACUGCUCGAUGUGGAGAUUAAUGGUCUAACAAAGGUGCUCUUCUGUGCCGUGCUCGGCUUGUCGCUCGUCAUGAUGAUGCUUAAAGGCUUCAGCGGUCCCUGGUAUCGUUACAUGUUCCGCUUUGUACUACUCUUCUCCUACAUCAUACCCAUCAGCUUGCGUGUCAAUUUGGAUAUGGGCAAAGCCUUCUAUUCGUGGCAAAUGCAAAACGAUCCCGAAAUACAAGGUACUGUAGUACGUUCGACAACCAUACCCGAAGAGCUCGGUCGCAUAUCGUACGUGUUGACGGAUAAAACCGGCACGUUGACCCAAAAUGAGAUGGUUUUCAAGAAAAUACACUUGGGCAUAGUUUCACAUGACAAUGACACAUUUCAUCACAUCGGUCAAAUUAUACAAAAUUUAGCGCCCACAAUACUGUCACAAAGUGCACCGGGCGUCGGUGUUGGCGGCAGCGCUGGCACUGGUAAUAGCGGCGCGGUUGAACAACAACAGCCACCGUUAAUUAUAACAAACAAACCGAUGUAUUCCGGCAAUCGUAUGCGUCAUCCGGAGGGUUGGCGCGAAUGGGAGGCGGUUAAGGCGUUGGCGUUAUGUCACAAUGUUACACCGAUCACUGAUGAGGACGAUAACAAAUCUGUUUCAACGUCAUCGACCUACACAUCAUCGGCAGGCGGCUCCACUUCACCUACAAAAUCUGUGAUAAACGUUGAAACCAGCUCAACGGAGCACCAGUAUCAGGCUUCCUCACCCGAUGAAAUCGCGCUGGUUAAGUGGACGGCCGAAGUUGGGCUAACUUUAAUAGCACGUGACAUUAAUUCGAUGACUUUGCAAAUGAAAACGAGAAAAUCCAAAGUCGAAUCUGCAGAUGGCAUGCUGCAAUUCCAAAUUCUCCAACUGUUUCCCUUCACGAGCGAGAGUAAACGUAUGGGCAUUAUAGUGCGCGAUUCGGGUUCCGGCGAAAUCACUUUCUAUCUCAAAGGCGCCGACGUAGUCAUGACCUCCAUCGUGCAGUACAACGAUUGGCUAAGCGAAGAAUCGGGCAAUAUGGCACGCGAAGGCCUGCGCACCUUGGUUGUCGCCAAGAAGGUGCUCUCCGAAGAGCAAUAUAAUGAUUUUGAGACACGCAUAAGUGCGGCACGCCUCAGCGUAACCGAUCGUGUUGCAAAAGUCGCCGCCGUGAUUGAGUCAUUGGAGCGUGAAAUGGAGUUGCUAUGUUUGACGGGCGUUGAGGACCGUCUGCAGGAUGGCGUGCGACCCACACUCGAAUUGCUGCGCAACGCCGGUGUGCGUGUGUGGAUGUUGACGGGUGAUAAGCUCGAGACCGCCUGUUGUAUUGCCAAGUCAUCACAGCUGAUCGGACGCAAUCAGGGCCUGCAUGUAUUGCGCUCCGUGUCGACGCGUACAGAAGCGCAUGCCGAGUUGAAUAAUUUCAGACGCAAGCAAGGACACGCAUUGGUUAUAUCAGGUGAAUCGCUUGAGGUCUGCUUACAAUACUAUCGGCCGGAGUUUCUCGAACUUGCCACCGCUAGUCCGGCGGUUGUGUGCUGCCGCUGCAGUCCUACGCAAAAGGCGCAAGUGGUGCAACUCAUACAGCAUCACACCGGCAAACGCACGUGCGCUGUCGGCGAUGGCGGCAACGAUGUCAGCAUGAUACAACAAGCCGAUGCUGGUGUGGGCAUCGAGGGACGUGAAGGUAGACAAGCUUCGCUUGCUGGUGAUUUUAGCGUACCACAAUUCUCACACAUUGCCAAAUUGCUGCUGGUGCAUGGACGUCGCUCGUAUAAACGCUCGGCGGCGCUCUCACAAUUCGUCAUACAUCGUGGUUUAAUUAUAACUACACUGCAAGCAGUCUUCUCUGCCGUCUUCUAUCUCAGUUCAGUAGCUUUGUAUCAAGGUUUCCUUAUGGUCGGCUAUUCAACGUUGUACACAAUGUUUCCCGUUUUCUCUUUGGUGCUGGAUCAAGAUAUUACGUCGACUACAGCGGUCACUUAUCCUGAGUUGUACAAGGAUCUAUCCAAGGGGCGUAGUUUAAGCUACAAGACUUUCUUCAUUUGGGUGCUAAUCAGCAUAUACCAGGGCGGUGUGAUUAUGUAUGGCGCUCUCAUAUUAUUCGAGGAUGAAUUCAUACAUAUUGUGGCGAUUAGCUUCUCGGCGCUCAUUGUCACCGAGCUGAUAAUGGUCGCGUUGACAGUGCGCACGUGGCAUCGCCUUAUGGUAUUAGCUGAACUCUUCAGUUUGGCCCUGUACUUGAUAUCCUUGGCUGUGCUGCACGAGUAUUUUGAUUGGGAGUUUAUAUGGUCGUAUGAUUUCCUCUGGAAGGUCUCCAUAAUUACCCUAGUGUCCUGCUUCCCUUUGUAUAUUAUAAAAUUCUUGCGCAAAAAAUGCUCGCCGCCGUCAUAUUUAAAGUUGUCGUAAAUUGCUGGCGCAAAGCGCGAUAUUUAUUAUUAUUCUUAUUUAACACAUACAUACACAAAAUGUACGUUUCCAUAUGUUUCCCAUUUAUUUUUCACGUUUUUUGUUAUUUGCGAAUAAGUAAUUUACGCUUUAAGUUGACACAUGCUAUUAAAAACAUUUCGUUUGCCUUUUAGAUUUUAAAAAAUAUUUUAUAUUCUAGUAUAUAUGUAUAUGAAUAAUAAGCAUUUGAAGAAAGAGUCAAAUAAUAAUUUAAAUAUUUAAGCAAAUAAGCAAAUGUCGGUUAGAAAAAAUAAAUACCUUAUAAAAAAAAUAAAAUGUUUUUUUUUGUUUAACAAGUCGUCGCACUUUAACGUUAUUUUUCUGCUAUAUUAAAAUUUUAUUUUAUAUGUGUAACUGUUGGCAACGCUUUUAGCAGCUAGUUUUGAGCACCAACAAUUUUGAGUUGUUGUUUCACAAGUUCAUAUGUAUUAAUAUUGAUUUGUUUUGUUUAAAAAUAUUUUAUUAUAAUUUUAAAAUAUGAAUACUAUUAUAUAUUUUACACAAAUUAAACAAACGUAUUAUUGUUGCAUUGAUUUUUCGAAUAUUUUUACAAAAAAAAAAUCACAAAUGAAUAUAUGAUAUGAUAAAAAUUUCCUGAUUCGUGUUUUGAAAAAAGAGUGAACUUUCGUCGCUUUAUCGCUCUCACUGCAUGUUUAGAGAAUGCUAAAAAAUAAAAAAUAAAAAUCUAUUGAUGAAUUUGUAUUCUUACAUAAAA